AUGUGGAAGGGUCCAAACGGCUACAGCUUCACGCAGGACUUGAGUGCCAUGGUGGCGACGCCGGAGGUGGCGCAAGACGGUCUGGUCGUGGUAGCACUCGUCCUGGACAUGGUAGUUCGUGGCUGCGGCAACCGACGACCUCCGCAGCUGCUAGCACUCGUCCUGGGCAAGAAAAAUGUGAAUGCUGAUGCGCGCCACAACAAGAAGACCCGCAUCAUCCCGCGCCACCUCCUCCUCGCUAUCCGCAACAACGAGGAGCUCGGCAAGCUGCUGGGCGGGGUCACCAUCGCGCACGGCGGUGUGCUGCCCAACAUCAACCCCGUCCUCCUCCCCAAGAAGGCCGCCGAGAGGGCCGAGAAGGCCGCUGCCGCUGGCCCCAAGUCCCCCAAGAAGGCCGCCGCCAAGUCGCCUAAGAAGUAGUGCCUCGUCUUGCUCUCACUCAUCCCGUUCUGAGAUCAGCUUGUGUUUGUGGUCGUGGACGUCUUUUGCCGUUUUGCGAGUGUGUGUAGGGAUGCGUCGUCUG